CGGAACUUCCUUCUUAAAACCAUGGAGUUUAUCCCCUUCCUCCGCACUUCCGCAUAAUCUUUCAAUUUUCUCCUUUCUGCAACUGACUGAAGAAGUACUGGAGUGUAUCUACAUUCUACAAGGGACAGUUUUCUGCAGAGUUUGAAGCUUUUUCCGAUCCCAAGAUGGAUAUUCAACAGCCGCCAGUUCACAGGCAGAGUCACGAAGAAGAUCCACAGAACACAGGUCUUCAUACUGUUAUUCACGAAGAAGAUGGACACGAUAAGUCGGUUUUAAAGAAGGUGAAGGCGAAGGCAAAGAAGAUAAAGGACACUCUUACGAAGCAUGGCCACGGUCACGAACAUGAUCACGAUGAGGAGGAAGAGGAAGAUGAAGAAAUGGAACAAGAUCCGGAAGUUCCUGGAGCACCCAUGUAUGAUUCAGCGGCGUCUCGGAGCGUUCUGGCACCUCAUGGGGAUAUGUCAGGGCAAUCAAAGGCUGGUUUGGGUCCUACGUCCCAGUUGCCGCCAUUGGAGAAAGAUCCCCAGGCACCAAUGGACCGAUUUGAGCCUUCUGAUCCUGGAAACUAUCAGACCAAUGUUACUGAUCCUACUGGCCCAGGUGGCAGAGAAGCAGGGGUUACCCCCUUGAUCAGUUCGUUCGGAAAGAUGGAAGUUUCCGAGGACCCAGGUGAACGUAAACCAUGGUCGUCCACCGGAAGCCACGAUCAGUUCUCACCAGAUUUACCUCCCACCGAAACCAAAUCCAUCAGGGAAAAUACCCAAGCGGUCCGGUCACAGGCUAGGGAAGUCCAAGAACAACCAAAGCAGAGCGGUUACGCCGAGAAGGUAUCCUCUGCUACGUCAACGAUUGCAGAGAAAGCAAUAUCUGCUAAAAACGUAGUUGCUUCAAAGCUUGGCUAUGGGGGAAACGAGAACAGGGCAGAAGGUGGAGAAGCCAAUAAAUCAACCACAAUGGGUGAAUAUGGCCAUAAGGUCGCUGCGACGGUGACUGAGAAGUUGGCCCCUGUGUACGAGAAAGUUGUACAAGCUGGAAGUGCGGUGGUGUCAAAGAUGCCGGGAACAGGAACAGGAACAGGAACAGGAACAGGAACAGGAACAGGAACAGGAACAGGGACAGGGAAGAAGAGAGAAGGCGAGGGUGUUGGAGGAGCUGGUAAAGGGGUUUCUGUGAAGAAAUACGUGGCAGAGAAGUUAAGGCCAAGUGAUGAAGAUAAAGCACUCUCUGAGGUUAUAUCGGAGGCCUUACAUAAACGCAAGGGGAAAGAAUCGCAGAAGCAAGGGAAGGUGACGGAGUCGCCGGAGGUGGCUAGGCAAUUGGGAUCGGAUCAAAAUGAGAAUGCGCCCGAGGGAUAUACCCCAAGCAAUGAGGUUGGAAAGGGCAUGGUUGAAACAGUUAAAGGAACGGUUACUUCUUGGUUGAGGAAGAACAAGGAGCAACAGCAUCAAAAACCCACAUCGCAGGGAUUGCAGAGCUCCUCUCCUGUUGUCCAAGAGGUCUGUCAGGACAAUGCGGGUGAACGAAAGCUUAACGAGUUGACAAACUGACGAUAGAUUGAUGAUGGUAUGCAGGAGAUUCACCGCACUCGUUUAUAUAUAGAGAUGAAAUUUCCCAAGGCUUUUCCAAUAGCUGUUUUAUGGAAAAUGUUAUCGUGAACCUCUUUUAAGUUGAACGAACUGGAUUGUGUGUGUUUCCUACUUUCCUUUCACAGCCCCACCCCCUUCGCUGUCUCCUUUUCUUCUUCGUUGUGUUGUGAGCUUGUAGAUUGUAAAUCUGAGUUGUGUGUGAAAAAAGGAUUUCAGAUCAAAAAAACGAUGAAGAGAUUACAAGUGUGUAAA